CUCUGCUCUGCAUGUGAGAUACAAGCUCGGCCGGGGAAGCAGGGGAGGACCUACCUAUCCCCGAUAAGUCUCUUCUAGCAGCCCAGGACUCUGAUCUGCAGGGAUUAAGCCGGGAGAUCUUCAUCACAGCCCUUUGUCACUUUGUGCUCCUCAUGGAUUUCAACCUUCUGACUGACUCAGAGGCUCGUAGUCCUGCCCUCUCUCUCUCUGAUUCUGGAACGCCACAACAUGAUCACAGCUGCAAAGGGCAGGAGCACAGUGAUACAGAAAAAUCCCAACAGAACCAAACGGAUGACUCAAACCCCGAAGAUGGUUCAUUAAAGAAGAAACAAAGGAGACAAAGGACACAUUUUACAAGCCAGCAGCUGCAAGAACUGGAGGCUACUUUCCAGAGGAACCGAUAUCCAGACAUGAGCACCAGGGAGGAGAUUGCAGUGUGGACCAACCUCACUGAGGCCAGAGUCAGAGUUUGGUUCAAAAAUCGGAGAGCCAAGUGGAGGAAACGAGAAAGGAAUCAGCAAGCUGAACUUUGCAAAAAUAGCUUUGGAGCCCAAUUUAAUGGACUCAUGCAGCCCUAUGACGAUAUGUAUUCUGGAUACUCCUAUAACAACUGGGCCACCAAAGGCCUUGCAACUAGCCCCCUCUCUGCCAAGAGUUUUCCUUUUUUUAACUCCAUGAACGUUAGUCCUCUUUCAUCCCAACCAAUGUUCUCUCCACCCAACUCAAUUGCUUCAAUGACCAUGCCUUCAUCUAUGGUUCCUUCAGCAGUGACUGGAGUUCCAGGCUCUAGCCUUAACAAUUUGGGAAACAUUAAUAACCUUAAUAGUCCCAGCCUCAAUUCAGCUGUUUCAGCCAGUGCCUGCCCCUAUGCCUCUGCCGCCAGUCCCUACAUGUACAGGGACACUUGCAAUUCAAGCUUGGCAAGUUUGAGGUUGAAGGCUAAGCAACAUGCCAACUUCACAUACCCAGCAGUACAGACUCCGGCUUCCAACCUGAGCCCUUGUCAGUAUGCUGUGGACCGGCCAGUAUGAAGGAUCACGCCAUGCCAAAGACUUGAUGGUAGCUAUAAUGCGGAAGACCCAAUUGCCCUGCAGGAGAUGCCUUUAAGAAAUGGGCAUGACAAUUUCUCUGAGAAAUCCUUUCCAUUUUCAAAGUGAGAGAUUAAACUGCAGACUCUACUUUGUUUUUGGUUCAACAGGACAUUCGAUAUGCUUACAUUGGGAAGACAGUAUUUCCAAUCCAAAGAAAACAGAAUUCCAUGACCAUGAGUAGUCUUGCUUUUAUAAUGCAAGCUGUUUAAUUGUUGUGGUUUUUAUUGAGGCUCCCGAUCUUUGUACAGUUGACUAAACCCAGAGACAUAUAAUAUGUAUAGGUCACUUAAAUGCAAAGAAGAUCUCCAGAUACUUAUUUAUCAUAAGGAUGACCCAAAUAUAUACAAAUCAGAGAACUAUACUGCAGACAUGUGCAUGACCGUGAACAUUGUCCAACCAGCUGCCACACAUGUAAUCUAAGGAAAUAGGAUGUAUAUAUAUUAUAAAAAUAUAAAAUUAAACUUUUUUCUUGUUUUGUAUGUUGAAUAAUCUAUAAAAUAGAAUUUAAACAAGGCUUGUCCCAGGUGGCGUAGAGUGCAAGGCCACAGACCAUAUUUUCUGCUUCAAGCCUGCUUGGGAUUACUUUGAAGGUGUAACUUUUAACAAUGGUCAUUUCUUUUUCAACAAAUGUCAGCGCCCCUGUCCCCUUUCUUCUUUCCCAAUUCCAUUUGAAAGACAAAAAAUAAAAUAAACGUUGAAUCA